UUGGAUUUUUACAAGACAGUUUUUUUAGUUAUAAGUUUUGUUUACAAGUAUAUCUUAGAGCAUUCUAUUAGUUUAUUAGUUUUGCAAAACAACUUUUUAUAUUUGAUUAUACUUUUUCAAGGAAUUAAGUUAUUCCAGGGAUGUGCCGGUAAAGAUAGGUAUUGUGGUAACGUAGACAUUCGAACUGCUUCGAAAUAUGGAGAUCCCCUUAUCGAUUACAAAAACUGUACAGUUGUGGAGGGGAAUGUUAUAAUUGCUGUGUACAAUGAUACGACGGUUGAUGAAACGACAUAUGAAUCUUUUAAAAAUAUUCGAGUGGUUACUGGAUUUGUUGUAGUCUUUUUCACGGAGAAUUUGCGUUCGCUUUCUCGUGUACUUCCCAACCUUCGGAUCAUUGGUGGCGAUGACAUGAUUGUGAAUUAUGCUCUGAUUGUUUAUUCUAAUAUGGGACUGCAUGAUAUUGGGUUGUCGAAACUUACGGCGAUAUUGAAUGGCGGGGUAUAUUCGGUUGGUAAUGAAAAUUUGUGCUAUGUUUGGUCUGUUAAUUGGGAUAGAUUACUGCAAGGGCCAGAUCGACAUAUUUAUAUUGACGAAGGAGCCAAUUUGAAAGCAGGUUCGUAUUCUUGCAACUACGGAGGUACUUGUAAUGUUAAUAAUAGUAGUCGUUGUUUAAUCGAAAACGGAAAGCCUAUGUGUUGGAGUAAAAAUUUUUGCCAGGAAGGCUUGUGUGAAAAUACUACAGUUAGAGGCCCUGGGUGUGAUGAUCAGGGGAGACGAUGUCAUGAGCAGUGCAUUGGAGGAUGUUCGGCAGUUGAUGACCCUUCGUCAUGUCAUUACUGCAGGAACGUCAACUUUGAUGGAGAAUGCGUAGAAAGUUGUCCAGAAGGAAUGCUCGAGUUAAAGGCAAAAUUGCAGUGUGUUGAACGUUUGAGUAAUUUAGAUGAAAACGAUCCUUACAAAUGUAAGAAAUGCUCUGAUGAGAAAGGUUGUGUUAAAAGGUGUUCCGAUGACUUCCUUUUACAUGAUGGAGCUGAAUUGAAGAGGUUAUUUCACGGGGAGUGUGAAGUUAUUGAUGGCAAUCUGGAAAUUGAACUGACCACACUGACAUUUUAUUUUGUUUUGUGCGGUAAAUUUCCUUAUUUUUUCAGGGAUAAAGUAGGGUAUUAUAUGGCUGGAGCAUUAGAUGAGACUUUGUUGCGCAUAAGAGAGAUCACUGGUUAUUUAAUUAUUCGGUUUUCCACAUCUUUAACAUCGCUGAGAUCUUUCAGAAAUUUGGAGAGGAUUGGCGGCAAGAGUCUCUACCAGAACAGGUUUGCUUUGGCAGUUUUUGACAACAAAAAUUUGGUAGAGUUGUUUGAUACAAAAGAUGGCAAGGGGUUGGUAAUUGAGAAGGGCUCUGUUCAAUUCCAAAACAAUCCUCAGUUAUGCUACAAGGAGAUCAGGAAAUUGAUUAACUAUGCAAAUCUCCAGAAUUCGACGAUCGAUGCAUCGCCUUUUAGUAACGGGGAUCAAGCGAUAUGUAAAAACUUAUUUGUGUUUGCAUGCAAGUAUGCAUUUUACGUACAAACCAAAGUUGUAAAACAUGAUGGAUCUCGACAAGGGUUUUCAAAAGUUCAGUUUUUUCGAACCAAACCAUACAAGCCAAGUGAACCUGAUGAUUUUCAGUACAAGGCAUCUUCGAAUGAAAUACGGUAA